AUGGACCCACCUCGGUCGCGUAAAUCGCGCAAAGGGGAGAAGGCUUCCAGCCGUCCGUUUUAUGCGACGGACGGUCCUACAAGUGCAAACAUCGUCUCGGAGGCCAGAUCAUCUCUUCGUUCCCUGGACACAAAAAGGCCUUUUACACCGGUCGAAUCAAACAGGACGCUCUUUGGAGGCAGCUCGUCUAAGCCUUAUGAAGGAAGACCUCCUUCUGCGUUCAGGUAUCGUCAUCUUAAUAUUCUUUGACAGGCGUUCAAUUAUUGUUUACUGUUAUUUGCCAAAUGUCAGCAGAAACUUUUAAAAUUCGAUUAUUGCCAUGUUUAUUAUCAACACUGCAAAGCGCAAGGACUCUUAUCGUAUUUUGAUAAUACCAUCUGAUUUCUACAACAGUCCAUUUUGGUUAUGGACACCUGACACGAACUUAAUUAUUUUAACCUUGCACCGCACUAUUGCUGGGGGGAUGUUAAAAGUUAUGCACUUUGCCCGCUAGCGCAAAAUUAUUUUUAUCUACCCGCUAAUCUUUUGUACAGUUUCUUUUUUCGGAUCAUUUUAUUUCUUUGAUAUGAAAAUUUUUGCUCACACGGAGUGUGUGUUGUGAAUGAGCAUGUACAUAUUGUGGAUUGGAUGUGUGGAGAUGUUCUUAUGAUCUGUAAAUCUAUUCCCAAUGAAAUAGUAUCCACUAUCUUGUUGGAAUUUUUAAAAUCAUUAUGGAAGUGCUUAAAACCCAUACUGUAGAGCUUCAAAAGUAGCGACCCCAUUACUUUUGGAGACUGCAACUUUUGGGUGACUACUACUUUCGCAUAGUCAUUACUUUUGAGUAGCUAAAAUAUGUCUUUUUUUUAUUUAAAAAAAUUGACCUCGACCACUCAGUAAGUAUAAUGUUGCUUAGAUCCUUAGUGAAAACCCUCUGCAACUGGAAACAUGUUCCAUCUGUGUGAGGCUUGAGAGAAUGCGAUUUCUCUCUCAUGCAGGGUGCAAAGAAAGUCAGUUUUAGAGCUUGCCAUUUGGGCUAGCUGUAGCUAGCAUGUACUAGCCCAAACAUCACUUUAACUAGCCCCUAACGUUUUUUGAUGAGCAGGUUUGAUUACACAGUUCUUCUGCAAUUUGAAUUCUCAAAAGACUUCACUUGCCCACCGGGCAAGCUAAGAACAAAAUUCAUUAGCCCAAUAGCAAAAUGCUGUAGCCCCAGGCUAUUGGACAGUGUUUUCUUUGCACACUGCAAUGUUUUCUUCAGCUGUAUCUGUUUUUUUCGAAGAAGACGUUGUACAUGCAAACAAUUUCUGAAUCAAUUCAAAGCUGCUAAUUUGAAUUUGGAUUGGCUCAGCCAUCCUUCACACACCUGCCUCAGGCAUGAAAAACAGUUGUCACGUGGCAUUAAUUUAGAUGCCAAACUAACCAAAUAAAAAAAAUUUUACGGAUAUUUUAUUGUCAUGCGAUGUACAUUUUCACCUUUUGAAUUUAGUUUGGCUGAAAUAAUGAUCAGAAUCUGAAUCACUUCAGCCUGCAUAAAUUAAUUUUGGUCGUUCUAAAUUCAUAUUCAUUUUAGCUCAAGAGUGCAGUGCAACAUCUGAACUGGGUCUUAAAUUUGAACGUUAACCAAGAUAAUAGCAAAUGGUCCGCACAUAGUGUAUCGCACAAAGAUGAAAAUUUGUCAUGAUCAGCAUUAAUAGUUACAGAGUAUGUCAUAGCAAUGUUACAUUUUCUUAACUGUUUUACUAGCAGUCAUAUUUCUUAGGCACUGGGAGGUUUUUUUUUUCCAAAAUCAAUCAUUUGUUGUUGUUCCUCUAAUAGCUGCCUCAAUGUUGUAAAGCUUGACCAUAUUUAGAUCUAUGUGAGUGUUAUCAACAUAUUAAGGAUGAACUUUUAGAUCUUAAAAUACAGCACAAACUGAACAACCUCAACGAUUGGCAGAUAUCUCUAAAAAAAGGGGUGUGGAUAUGCAGUUUCACCUCAUAAUAGUUGCAUUCUAUUUGAAAACUUGCGUGAAAUGUUCUUAAGUUCUUGUUCCUGAUUGGCAUGCAUUGAAAGUGUCGUGAAAGUAAAAAAUCUUUAUUCAGGAAGAUGAAUAAUAAAUAGAAUUCAGGGCUCUAAAUUAAUGGUAACUUGUUAACCAACGGUUAGUAGUUUCCAAAGUUUGGUUACUAAAAUUGAGCCUUAGUAAUCUGACAUGGUUAGUAAAAAUUUCUGUUAUGGAAAAACUUUUAACAGUUGUUUGUUUUUGCAUUUUUAUAAGCUUGUGUUUUAUGUCAACAAUUUAUUGUUCUAAAAGAUAUGCUUACAGCAUAAUCAAACAAUAUGAAAACUGUGCAUUUCACAGAACUCUAGGUAACCAGGCUUUUGUUGGAUGGGGAGAUCUGGACACAGCUUUAAGAUGUCUCCGCCAUCCUUCUUGUUUCUGUGUUUGUUUUGUUUUCUUUCGAAAGUGGAUCAUUUGUGUACCUAUUUAUUAUGUAGAUCAAAUGCAGAAGUCCUUGGAUAGUUUUUUCAGAAGAAGGUCGCUGCCCGAAAUUUGUGUAGAAGAAAUGGAAAAUUGAGAAAAACAACAAAGAAGAAUUAGUGUAAUUUCAAACACUACAGAGGGUUUCUAGAAGGAGUGUGAAAAAGAAUGAAAGAACUUUCCGCCAAGAAUCAAAAAAGGCAUUCGCCUGGCUACAGUUCAAUGAGUCUAACAAACAACCUUUUGCAGUGUUUAUUACCUGUCCUCAUGUAACGUAAUUGAAAGGAAAAUCUAAAUAAGCUUUAAAUCGUCUAUAUUAAGCUUAAUUUGAACCAAUCCAUCCAUACAUUAGUUUGCCCCAUUUAUUAGCACUAUUUUCAAUAGUUAAAAUAUUGUUAGUUCAAGAACAGAUUGUAGGAUAAUAAAUCUAUAGUUUUAUUGUCUGGAACAGCAGCUUUUCAAUAAGAUUUCAAAGGGGCUGUUUCACAGCAGUCCAGUUCAUUUUGUUUAAUUUUGCCAAUUACUAGCCCUCAAUCGCUAUGGAACUUAAAGUAAGCAAAGAGAUUACAUGUAAAUGACAAAAUCAGAGAUCCGAGACAAACAAAUGUCUCCUGAGAAUUAUUUUUGAAGUUACAAGCAGCUGCCGCCAGGGAUCAACUUUGAAAAACUGUUAAGCUGAACAGUUUUCAAAAACCCUAAUUUCAACCGUUUCAGUCUUCUUCAGUUUUGCCCAUCCGUGGCAUCUGUUGUUUCUGUUAUGUUAUUUUAACAUUCCUUUAAAGUUUUAAGCCGUUAUUUUUAUGUACCAGUGGUUGUUUCAGUGCCUUUUUUAAAUCGUGAACUAUUUGUAAAAACCAAGGAAAAGAAAAGAGGGCAGUGAGUUCAUGUGAAAUAGCCGGCUGCCAGCUCUUAUUGAAAACCCUGAACAACACUACAGAGGAACCCUGUUUAAAUGUGACCACCAUUCACUUUUGGCGGUAUGAAUGGGUAGGUCAUUUGGCGAGGUUCCACCCUAUAAUAGCAAAAAGGGAAUCAAUUUUAAUUGUCCUUUGUUGCAGCCUAGGCAGCUAUCAGUCUGAGGGGGAAUCCUCUCGUCCUCCAUCAGGAAGAAGACUGACACCCAUAGAUAAUGCUCCUCAGAUAACUGUUGCUGAUUCAGUCAUACCUUCCCCGCCUUCUGGUCCGGUAAGUUUAAAACUCUCUUUUUUUAUGAUAGUGACAUCUCGACACUCAGAACUGUUGCCGGUGUGAUCAUAAGAUGAUUGACCCUUUGACCUUUUUAGUGGCCAAUUUCAGGUUAAAUUCACCAAAAAAAUCUUAAAAAAGUGCUUGAGUCUGUAGUUCCAUAAAAAUGGUUCAGGGUUGUUCUCUGUGGUGUGACUAUAAUUAUGUUAUAUUAUUGCAAUGUAUGUAUUACAUGCAGAACUCAGAAAAUACUAAGAGUAAAGAACAGGAUGAUUAGAAAAAGUUUUGUGUGGCAAUUUUUCCUUUCUUUUGUGUUAAAUACUUUUGUCUAAAGUAAAGGGUAAUCUAAUUCUAGAGUGCAUAUAAUAUACAUGUCUUGGGUGAAUAUGCUAUUAUCAUUACUAUUAUGAUAAAUGUGAAAAAUAAUGUCUGUGGAAAUCAUGCAGUAGAAGUAAGCCUAUUAUAAGUACUGUACUGUUCGUUAAGUAAUGCUGUUGUUCCUUACAGCCCUCAGGAAAAAACAGGAGACCUUUGAGGACAUCUCUAUCAUGUCCAUCUGAGGAGUUAAAUGCUGAGAAACUCAAUCAGAAACUACGUAAUGCUGUCAUUAGUCAGCAGGAAAAAGACUCUCAAAUCGAACUUUGUCCCUCUCCACCCAAAAGAGGAUCUCCUUCAAGAACCUCACCUGUUGGCGAUCCUUUUCGUCGCCAUUCUACAGAUACUUUUCCUGUACCCCCUGCCAUUCCCAGGGAUGUUGUUGGAGCAAGGAGAGUCAGGAGUGGGCCAAAGGAACGUAGCCCACCAGUUGUCGAUUCUGUCACACGUGUUAAGAGUGGUCCUCUGGAGCGUGGGGAUCCUUUUGUAACUUCAAAUGAUGUGUCAGUGGAGCAGACAUCGUCAGCCACAGGGAGGGGAAAGAAAGGAUCUGAGAGAAGUGGAAGUGGGGACAAACGGAAAAAGUCUAAAGGAACUCAGCAGGAGGAUGAUAAACCAAAGGAUGAACUAGUUAUGUAUUAUGAGGAAAAUGUCAAGCCUCUAUUAUCACAAAUGGAACAGAGAUUUGCAGAGAGAAAUGUUAAGGACCUUUGUCAAGAUUGUUUGAAACUUUGGAAUGCACUUGAAAAAAGAGGCCUCAUUGGAAAGGCCAGUGGAAGUUUCUCAGCACGGAGAAGAGGGGAGAUUUUACGGACAGUCUUCAAGUUUUUGGAUCUCAGUGAUCCAAGGUUAUUGUUAAGACUUGGCAAGUUAAUUCUUUCGGUAAGUACUGCAUGAGAAAAAAGUGAUGUAACUAUCAGGGGAAUCUUUAUGAAAAAUGAAAUUUUCGUACACAAUGAUUGUAUUAUUUAGUGGUUUUGGGACCCUUCCUUUCGGGGGAAACUGUAGAAAAGCUGCCAAAAAUAUAUAGUAGGAGAGUUGCUUAAGGUAAAGGGACAAAAUAAUUAUUAAAUUAAUGGUAACUAAUAUAUUUCAAUCAUCUUUUAUUAUUUGUUAAUUGAAUAUUUGUUUGAUAAAUAUUAAUUUACAGAAAUCUAGCCAUUAGGUUUCCUGAGGAUAGCAAUCUAAGGUUGUGCACUAAGAAAAACAACUAUUGUAUGUGAUACCAAAAGCUCUGGAUGUUGAAUGAAUUGAACCAACAUUGCCAGAGCUUUUCCCUGCAAACCUGUGUUUGUUUCAAACAGUCAGUCUCUAAACUUUGGGGGUGUUCAAUUGACCACAUUCUUAUACUCUGGAAAUCGUUUGUUUUGGCAUUCAUUGCAUUGCAGUAUCUUGAAGUCUGCUUGAAAUAAUUUAUUCCAAUGUUUGUAGCAUUUAGGUGGUCCAAAAGUCAUAGUACAGGAGAUUUGUAACAAAACUUUUGCGUGUUCUUAUUCCAGAACAUGAUCAAUCGAGUGCAACCUAAGUUUCCAAUUUCAAUUAUUAUUUGACAGGUCAGAACAUACCGGUACAACGUGUGUUACCAAAUUAUCAUUUUUUUCUGAUACAAAGCAUGGAAUACAAUGUAGAUGUAAAUAACAGUCAGUUUUCAUGAUAUUUUAAUCAAAGUUGUUUGUAUGUCAUGUAUAUUACAGAUGAAAGUCACUGGAAACAACUUGACAAACAUAUGUAUGGUUGUGUACAGAGUAGCAAAAACAGAGAAGAAUGAUCAGCUGUUUCUUGAAGAGGAUAUUUUAAGUGAGUAAGGUGGACUCCUCUGAUAGAUGAACAGUUAAUGCAGGUCCCCAAUUUUGAUCAUUGAGUUAUAACCCUAGUACAAGUGACACAGUUAUCUAAAUUAUGGAAAACAGGGCUGUCAUUAAGAGCCGGGGACUGGGGAUUUCCCCCGGCUACUAUGAGUGUGGCCCCCGCCUAUUUUUAAUGGAAAAUAAAGGAAAAUUAGAACCAAAAGAAACCCCUAGGUGAUUGAUUCGCCGCCUACUUGUUGUAUUUACCCAGCAACUCAAAAUCUUAAGGACAACCCUGGAAAAUGUGCCAUUUAUUAUCAAAGAAAAAUAAAACGUAAGUGUUAAAUUUUAAAUUUUUGUUGUUGUCUUUUGGACUCAAAGUGCAGGUACAGUCUAAAGAUAACACUUCUUUGAUACAUUUUACAUAUUUUCACAAGGUUCUAAAACCUGGCACAAAAUGAUUUUUAUCAAUAUAACAGGACUCUCAAUAUGAUUUCAAGUUGCCGGGCAAAUACAACAAGUAGCUACAUUAUAGGCAAGGAUUAAAACUUCUAGGGAGUUCUUUUGGUUUUAUUUCUAUUCCAUUUUCCUAUGAAAGUAGCCAGGGGACCAUGUUCAUAAUAGCUGGGGUAAAUUCUCCGGCCCCCUGCACUUACUGACAGCCCUGAAAAUCAAAGUGGUUGACAGUAAAAAAAGGUCCAAGUUUAUACUAUGUUCCCUUGCACACAGGUGAAAAAUAAUAGAUUUUGUGUAAAGAGAUUUUCUGAUUAUCGUCAAUGAUUAAAUGGUUGGGUCAAUUUUAAUUAUCUCUGAUUGUCGCUUAUGAAAUCUCAGCCAAUUCCCAGCACUUGUACAGCAUUGUUAUUUACCACUGAUAGUUGACUUAAUUUUUGGCUUUUGCAUUUGAACUUUUUUGUUGUAAUUUCUUCUUUGUGUUGCCCUUCUUUAGAAUGUUUGGUAGACACUAUAAAGAGCUGUGAGAUAGGCAGCCAUCAUGAUGCACUUGUAUACACAGCAGGAGCCAUGAAACAUCUCUCUAGCAACAAUCCCACAACUCAGAAGGAACUGGUUUCUCUUGAGGCAAUAGAGGGUUUGGCAGACAUUCUUGAUGCCAUCAGUAAAGAUGUAAGAGUGUGUACAUGACUUAACUAACAGCUUAAUCAUUAUUAAUGUGAAACUUGUUCUUCAUUGCCUACUAACUUGUUGUUCUAAAUAAAUGUUUCAGGUGUUGAUGACUAUGAAGGGAAAUUCACAGUUCACCAGUUUGCUUGUUCAGGUGAGACAAAAUUUUUAUUAAUUACUUCUAUUCAUGCCUACUCUCUAACCGGAUAUUAUGUUUGCCAUAAGUUAUUUCUUUUUUGUAUUAAAUCAAUAUUGCUGCUCUUAACUUAAACAUCACACUCACUGCAACAAGAGUUAUGUUAUGGCUGAUCUCACUGUCUUGCUGUUACAGGUGAUCAAAGUGGCAUGCUAAAGAUAAAACUAUACACUUUUUUGUGUGAUGUUAUGGUUAAGUCUUUAUUUCCUACAGCUGAUUCAAAACUUAAUUACAGCCUGGAGAUUUGAUAUGAAAUGGGACUGAUUUAAAGAUCUUCACAAUUAUGUAUGCAGUUGACAAAAAAAGGGUUUAAAAAAUCCAGCUUGGAUGCAAUGGGAUUUGAACUCAUGACCCUGCAAUACAGGUGCAGUGCUCUGACUGAGGUAUUAGGUCAACAGGGAGGUGCUCACCUUGUGAUUUCAUCAUAUGUGUAGUAUACCUGUAGAGAUGAAAAUAUGAAGUGAGCUAGGUGAUUAGAUGGCUGGGGUGGCUUACUGUACUAGCCAGUGAUUUUGGCUGGCUACUCAUUGAACUUAUAUCAAAGUGAAGUUAUUGUGGCAUAAAAGUCAAGUUAUUUCUUCCCCUGCAGGUAACUGGGGCUCUAAGGAAUCUUGCUGAUGUUACAGGUGCUGUGGAGACGUUCAUCAACACUGGUGUUGUAAGAAACUUGUCCAUUGUCCUUGGACCUUAUUCAUCCGAUAGUGAUGUGGUGUGGAAUGUGUGCAGAGCUUUAAGGUACAAAAUGAAUGAUGUGUCUUUGUGUGGUUUUAGGCAGUACCUGCUUCAUCCCUUCAAAGGUGAAAUACAGGGAAGUGGGAGCUCCCUGCAUGUUUCUGUUGGGAAUUAAUGCUUUUGAAAGUCUUAUCAUUUUUGCUGUAGUGAGUGAACUACAUUGUUGCAUGACUUGUUCUUUUAAUUUUUAUUUCAGUAAGUUAACGCUGUACACUGAAUGCUGCAUUGAACUGUCAGAGUCCUGCACUUGGCUUCAAGCUCUGCGGAAGAUCUUAUCAGAUUACGAAAAGAAGCAAGUAAGUGGAAGCAUUGGUAGUGGCUUGCAAAAUGUUUGACCAUUCCAUCGUAUUAUUUUGGUAACUGCAUAGCUAAUCACUGUUGUCUGAUCUUACUGCUUUCGAUGAAAUGCUUUUGUCACUGAGAGCGUUAUUUGGAAAUCUACAGGCUUGAGUUGUUCUAAAGGUGGAUAAGUACCCUAAAUGCGUGAUCCUCUGGAUAAUGCUUGUAAUACUUAUCUAAUUGGAUAGUGAUUUGUCCCCUGGAUAAGGCUAACCAAGGUUUGAACGACUGGGGUCAGAUGUAUAGCUAAUCUGAUGCAGUGCUCCAUAAUAAUUGUUUUUUAUUAUUAUUAUUAUGCAGGAGUUAGUGGUCCGAGUCUGUUUUAUUUUGGGGAACUUGGCAUCCAAGAGUGAGGAUGUCAGAGAUGCAAUUUUCUUUGAUGAUUCCUUCUUAGAAGUGAUACUAUCUGUGAUGCAGACAUACUUCAACUUCGAAAUGGAGGUAAGGCAUCUUAAUUCAUUCGACAUACAUAUUUGUUUUAAAGAUUAUGUUAUUGUCCUCUCCUGUAAGGAGCUUUUUGGGAUAAUCAAUGCAACCAUUAGAAACAAGUAUUUCUAAUGAAACAUACAUGUAACAAGUUUAUUCCAAGGUUCUAUUAAACUGGCAUGUAUGAAGGAGGUAGAUAAGCUGGUUAUUGUGCAGUUCAGCAAGUGAACUGGAGUCUUUUGAGAAAUGACAACUACAUUUUUUGAGGGAGGAACUGAAGAAGUUGGGAAGUCUUGUGCCCUGAUUCUGACUGACUCUUAUAUUUAAUGUUAAGUAGAUUUGUCCGUGUUACAGCCAGCUAAACAUCCUUCACUUAUGUGACAGGUCAUAUUUCCUUUGUCUUCUAUGGCUUGGAGACAAAGGAAAUUGAGAAUCAACCUAUUAAGGUAGUAAAUUAACCUGAAAUAAUCAAAUUUGACCUGUAACAUGUAUUAUUCUAAAGUCAGCAUGUAAGUUAGAUUAAGUGUUGUAAUUAGUUAUUAUAAUAAAUAAUGUAAUAUAAUCAUUGUUCCUGAAAAGCCCCUUUGUAUGUAUGUAUGCAUGUAUGUAUGUUAACUGAAUUCCCAGAGACAACUACAUUGGGAAGUGUUUAUGGUCAAUAUUGGCUCGUUGUAUGUAUUUAUUUUUUAAUUAAUUAAUUUAUUUGUUUUUAAACUACCAAAGGAGUUAAAAAAUGGACCAUCAUCUGAGCAAAAACAACUAAAUGGAGAAAACAAAGGUCCCAGCAGAAAUGAAGAUGUUCUCAUCAAGGUGUUUAUUACUUAGUAUUUUCUUUCCUCUCAUUUUCUUUCAAUUAACAUAAAUUCUUCUAAAUUUUGUUCUACCUUUUCUUUCUACAAUAUGUUUUUUGUUCAAAACGAAGGAAUUGAAUGAGAAUAAUCAUUGUAAACUACGUUUGGUAAAACUGUGAAAGGUUUGAACCCAGAAAAGAAAGCUGGUGUACUACCUUAGAACAAACCCCACUGAAUCGUAGUCAACAGUUACUGGCACUGCAGGGCUGUCAAAAAGUUUUUAAGUAGCAGGCUGAAAAUGAAUAGUAGGCGGUUUUGGAACUCACAACAAAGGCACAAGUUCUUGAGGGCCGAGGCAUCUAGGGACAUUAGGAAAUUAGAGUCUCGGAAAUGGCGUUUCCAGAGGUUUUCAAGAGGUAUUUUUAACCGCGAACACCAUCGUGUUUCGUCAGAAUACACAAAAGACUGAGAAGAAUGCCAUCGAAAUGUCCGAGGCAUUCCAAGACAUUGCAUGCUUCGAACGUUUUACAGAUCUAAACCUGUUAGAAUAUACGUUCAAUCUCAUUCAAAACUGGGAAAUGGAUGCUGUACAAUUUUUUUUCGAUGGUGCUUGUUUUUUGUUAGCAUUUAUGGUAGAUAAGGAGAUGAAAGUAGCCCGCUAAAGAGCGCUAACUGGCCGGCAGUUUUGGCCGGCCACCGGCCCUUAUUGACAGCCUUUUACUGUACAAACAACUUAUUGAUUGAAUCAAAAUUAACUAUGAGAGAACGACUGGACAACUGACAAUUUGACUGAAAAUAAACGACUGGUUACAGUGACAAUAGGUGGAUCGAAGUGCACCAAUGACAUUAUGAAGCUUCAUAGCCUAUAACAUCACGGCUUAACUGACGGGCGCCCAAUAACUUUGCGACUUAAUUGACCAUUCAGGGCAAUAACCAGUGUUCAAUACCAUCAACUGACGUGAUACAACUCACUUUGACUACCUCACAGGUUGUUGAAAUGUCAGUCACUGUCAACAACAGUCCUACGUUCAGGAUUACGUUCACCCAGACGAUCAUACCCAACCUACUUAUGAUAUGUUUGGUAUAUGUGUUACUUUCAGGCUGUCAGAGUUAUUGCAAACCUGUCCAUUAGUCCAGAGGCAGGAGCUGGUUUGGCUGCCAGUGAACACUUAGUUGAUCUUUUAAUUCAUAUACUUGGUACGUAGAAUGGCAUUAAACAUUAACUUUGAUUUUUGUUUUAUUAAACUAGUCAACUGUUUAUGAUGUAGUUGUGUAACUGUCAAUCAUAGUUUUGAAAGUUAAUUCAAUUUUGUCACUGGGUCAGUGGGUGGGUGAACAAUGUUUCUCCAUUUGGCUUUCUGAAUAAAGUGUUAGGAGAAGAUAGUGUGUUAAGAAGGGGCUUGUAGAGUAAUAAGGAAUUAACUUUGAGAGAGAAUGAGAGAAAGUGAAAGGUUCUCCAGGUAUAAGCCAACAUAAACACUUUUUGGAUAACUCAGAGUCACUUCCUUCAGCCUCGAUGACAACAAUCCCCAAAUACUGAAGUUCAUGAGGAUUUUUAUGAUGCAUGUUUUCACAGUGAUGUGAUCUUGACAAGAACCUGUUUGGUAUAUCAUUUUUUUUUUUAAUAUUUCAGAGGUGAAGGAAGCAUCCCACAGUGAGGAGCUUGUUCUUAAUACAGUAUCAACUCUCAACAACCUGUCAUUUUACAAUGAUGCCGAAAGUAUUGUGCAACAGAGACAAGUACAAAUUACUGAAAGUAAGCCUACUAUUACUAUCUUUGUUUUAAAGAAUAAUUGUCUCUAUUCUUGAUUGUUUACUGAGUGAUUAGCCUGAGGAAAUGGCCAACAUUUUGCAACGGCACCACUGGCUUUCCCCGCAAUAUGACGUCUGAGGAGCAAGCACAGAAAUUCCGUACUAAUGACUUGUCACUGCCCUGAUUCCGAUUGGUUGAAGCAAUUUUUUCAACUAAUCAGAAGCACUGUGGUGUGCCAUAUUCUUUUUUAGAAAACGUUUGCAAUAUAGCAUAACAACCUGUUAGCUAUUUUUUCCAUCUCUUCAGUGUGGAAUGUGAGACCAGUUUUCUUCAGAAAUGUUUUAUUUCCUUUGCCAUCUUGUUUUAGUGCUUAUUUCCUUGCUGAUGCCAGAGAAUAUGGAUGCCAUGGUGGAAGCCAGUCGUGUAUUUGGUAAUUUCUCGCGAUCCAAGGAAGUCAGAACUUUGCUUGCAGAACAUAAAGGUUAACUAUUAAUGGUCUGCACUCUAUAAUCGAACUCAAAAUAUUAUUUCUAAAUACAUGAUUACAUGAAGCAUUGUUUAAUAAAUUAUAAAAUGAUUCAUGACAUAUGUGUUUGCGGGGCAAGGGUGGUACAAUUGGUUAGUGUGCAGCCUUUGGUGCACGAAGUCCCAAGUUCGAUCCCCAGUGACCUGCACAUCCUUGUUUCAACUUCUCUCCUUUCUCUGAAGUUUUAACUAAUUUUAAAUACCCUUAAAACGGACCGUUGAUGGAGAGAAGGGGUAAAAUGAGUGCACCAUUGACCUCAUGUCUAUCAGUUGAAUUACUGUGGCAAGUUAUUGAUAUAAAAUAUGGUUGCUUUACCUUCUUUCUCCAUCAAGAGAAACAUCGCAAAUAUUGUUACCCUAUUGUAGGACCAUGAAUCCCAAAAACACGUCUUUAUUGGGCAGAAUAUACACUAUGCAGAUCAAUUUAGGUUACUGGGAAACUGCCCACCUACCCCUCCCCUGAGCCAACAUUAACACCUCUCACUCAGAGAAAAUCUUAGCUUAGGGGAGAGGUAGGUGGACAGCUUCCCAGAAACCUGAAUUGAUCACUCUAGGCAUACCCCACAUAACGGUAGGUAUUUGAGGGCGUACCCAACAGAUCAAGACGUUUUACAAUGUGUGUUGAUUUGUGCGUGUGUUUUGCUGUUGGUGUAGUUGAUGAGAUCAUGAUAGCUUUGCUGGAUGCUGGUGAAAGAGAAACUGUGUUUACUGCAUGUGGUGUACUCAUCAACCUCAUGAUCGAUGAAGAAAUAAAACCCAAGUUAAAACAAGAAGAUGGAAUAAAAAAGUAA